AUGGCGUUUCCACUCGAGGCCAACGUUCCCAUCUUGAAUGGAAAGGCGAACGUCAACCUGUCUUUCAAGUGCAAAGAAUGCAAGCGUCCAUCUACCGUCAACAUCUUGGACGGCUCUCUGCGCCCGUACACUGCGGACGAUGAUCUGACCUUUAAGCCGUUCAUUGAAAUGGACUGCCGUGGCUGCUCGCCCAUCUCAUUCUCCCCGCUGGCCAACUUCGCUUGCAAAAACGUCGAAAGUGGUCGCCAGUUCACUGAAGUGGACCUGUCCAGUGAUGACUGGGCCGACUACGACGAAGCCUCUGGACAAACUGUGGGCGUCUACGAGUUCAAACACCAGUUCAGCAGUUACAAGAAGUAA